AUGUCUGUGUGUCUGUCUCGCCAGGCUGGCUGUGUUUCUUUGCUGCUGCAACCCAAAGGCACGCGCUUCUUUCAUUCCACACCUCGCCAAAGCCACAUCACGACGGCCUUUCGAUCGGUGAUGAGUCUUUGCCCUCUCCUCACGAGUCUGAUCUUUGCUGAGCUGGAGCUUAGUUGGCUCAUCUUCACCGUAUCUGUGCAGGAUUCACAUAACUUUCCUCCCUUGGGGAUGGCAACGACUAGUAGAGAUGCGGUCCGCAAAGAGAAGCCAAUCGGGUAUCAGAUCGGGAAGUCGAUGCGAUCCAGAAUCGACCCCGCAUUUGAAAAUCUGCAUGUGAAAUCGGGUCCUGUUCGUUCAACUCGGGCUCAAUUGCUAGAUUAG